ACACCGACACAGGCGCAGGAUCCAUCGAUCUGAUAAAUGGUGGCAUAGUACUUGCAUCAGUGCAAUACAUGGUGGAAGGUCGCAGAUGGCAAUUGUGGACCAACUCAGAUGCUCUCAUCUCAAGUUGGAAGGAGAGGCCGAAUUGGGCAAGUCCAUGCAGGCCCAUUCGGACACCAGGGCUCGAAAUCUCCAAAUUAAGAAGGCGUGAGCCAUGCUCUGACUUAAGGCCUUAAAGCUCGAGACCGAGAGCACAGAGCCUUACACUUUAUGAAGACGACGCUUUGACCACUGCACCAGGCUCUGCUGCAGUGGCAUACGGUGGCCAAGAGCCUCAAGGGCCUCAAGAGCCUGAAGAGCUUCCAGCGAUGAGCAACUUUCCGUUGCGGCAGAGUCAUAUUCCGCACGGCACUCGCUCUGGCGUGGACGGUGCUGGCAGCUCCGUACACGAGCCGUGGGAUCGAUGUCUGCAACGAGAAAGAGAAGAGAGCUUGUCGGUAUUUGGUAGAGGAGUACAGAUCACGAGAAAACCGUAUUUCAUACUCGAUCGACGUAUAUACGGAGGCUAGUAGCUAGAGCUAGGCCUGGACGGGGCAGCGACGGGCGAUUGGGCGGGGUCGUAUUCUCGAUAGUGUCUGAGAACUGUUCAGUCUUGGGUGGAAGGGGGAGAGGCGUCAGUUCAGUUCAGUUCAGUUGUUAUCACAGUACAGGGAGGAGGAGGAGGAGUAGUUACUCUUUGGUGACAGUCUGAAUUUCGUCAUCGUGCAUGAAAGUGCGCGAAAUCCAAAUUUACAAAUUUAUGACAUGUCCCAGGCCAGCACUGGCGGACGUGGAUUCGGACAUCUGACGGCAUACAAUAGGCCUGGAAAUUGCAAAUGACUGAUGACUGAAUUCCCUUCUUUCUUACAAGAAGCCUUACAGUUCGACUCGGUCAGCAUCUCUCGCACUGUCCAGAAAUAUUAUUGCCAGUCGUCGAUGAGCUCUCGUCCGAGCAGCGAUGAGUAAGUGAGAGAGAGAGAGAGAGAGUACAGUGAGCCACUCAUUAGAAUGUUUGGCUCUCGGAACGAAGCGUCCUUCUGUCCGCCUCUGCUCUCUCUUCUUCUCCUCUCGUGUAGGUGGUAGAUAUCACCUGUUGCGUUACUCAGGAAUUGCUCGCUCGCUCGGUUGGAGCAUGACACGGGACUCAACUUCUGCUGCUGCAUGGGCGGAGGCGAAACAGUCUUCUCCGUUGAGAGGAAUGCUUUCGGUCCUUGAAGAGGAGAAGGAAGUCUGAAUCGAGCGACGGGCCCAAUUAAUUCAAAGAUCUCGAUGGGGUGGUGUGGGUGACACAGCUGCUGACUCCGUGUCACGUGAAGCGUGUGUAAUAGAUAUCUUUCUAUGAUGCUGAAGAUGAAAAGGCGCUGUUUUACACAUCAGGAAUCGCCGAGAUAGUCGACCGAGAGUCGAAAUUCUGACAUUGGCAACAUAUUCGCCCUCUCACCGGAGCCCCGAAGCCAAGACGUCGGAGGUGUCUUGUGAUUGCUGCGAGUCCUGCGAGGAGGAGGAAGUUGGUGCAUGAUUGGCGCCGGUCCGAGAGAGGGCGACGAGAAAAUGGAGCUCGACGAUGAGAGACCGCGGAGUCUGAUCGAGAAGCGCCGACCCGAGACUCAGAAGGCGCCAUCCUCCUGCGGCAGGCCGCUGCUGAUGCGCCGCAGGUACUCGCGGCUCGAAGCGGCCGUGGCCGACUUGGAAUCCGGCAGGCUGCAGCGACGAAGGUGGAGGUUGAGGAUCAGACCGCGAGUUCGCAUCAUCUUCACGACGCUGUCCUCGGUUUUACAGCGAAUCAAGAAGGGCUACAUGCAGAUUAUGCUCAGUUUUGCCUCCAAAGCCCAAGACAGCAAGCUUCUGCCAAGCCUCGCGCACAAGAAGAAACGCGGAGCUCCAGCUCUCGGGCACAAGCCCAAGGCCAGGACCUUCAAUCAUAACGACCUCGAGCAAAAGUAUCUGGAUUACAUCAAAAGGUCCGUGGCUGAUGGCGAGCUCGCCUAUUACACCAUGUCCAUGAGAACCAUCGGCGUGCUGUGAUCCUCAAGAGUACGUCCGGCACUAGAAGCUUCAUUCACGAAUUCGUUCUUUAUGAUUUAGAAUGUCAUCACCUUUUCGAGGUCCUGUUGGUUCACGAGGAUCCUUGAUUGUAAGUGAGUGCAAUUAGUGCUCGGGCCAAAACUCAGGUAUUCAUGCGAAUCCUAUGCUGCAUAUUGGUUCCUGAGCUUGCGAGUCAUGGAAUGGAACGGAUCCUGUGUUUCCAGCGAGCUGCUGCUGCUGCUGCUGUUGCUCCACUAGAAAGAGGGUAUCGAUUGAUUUGAGUGCAAAGAAUGUGCAUGGGUUAGUUUUAGAUACACCUGUAGAAUACAAUAGACCAGAACAGAACAGAACAAAGUCGUUGUACAGAGAACGAGGCCGAACGAAUGCUUUGAUACGUCGUGUCCCGAUACCAUUUUAGUGCACAUGUGUUGAAGUGCAGUGACCAGGUUCUGGGUAGCAGCAAAACAUGCAGUUUCAGGUCAGUUUUCUGGCGUGAAGAAGACUGGUAUCUGCUGUAUAAUGUUUUCCAAUUCGCUUGUCAUAUCCAUCUUCUUCUCAAGUGCUCGCCUGCUUUUGGCUCUGUUGUCGCAAUCCACCGUCAUUUUUUAAUAUCAC